GCACCGGUUACUGUUAAUAAUAUCGGUACUGUUCGCAAGCUCAACUCUGUUAUCUUCCCUGUAAGAUAUGCGGAGAGGUUUUACAAGACAAUUUUAAAUCCUGACUUGGAAGAAUUCUGUAAACUCAUCUACUUCAACGAUAUUCCGGUCGGCACGACAUGCAGCCGUAUUGAAACAGGCUCUGCUGCUGACUCAAAGGCUGGCAGUACUCUUUACAUGAUGACGUUAGGAAUUCUUGCUCCAUAUAGAAAUUACUCGGCGGGAACGAUGGCAUUGAAGGAGAUCAUCGAAGCAGCCUCCACAUACUCAUACCCUUCUUCUCAACCACCCAGUGUGGAGCGUAUCCAAUUACACGUUCAGACGAACAACGUUGAUGCUCGGAGAUUUUACGAAAAACAUGGAUUCAAAGUUGUGAAGCAGGUGGAAGGGUAUUACAAGAAGAUUGAACCUAAGAGUGCUUGGCUCUUGGAAAGAGAUGUGUAG